AUGGAAAUGAAGUUUGUAGUGCACAUAUAUGUUGAACAUAAUGGUAAAGGAAAUGCACAAGAAGCUGGUGGUCAAGAAGAUGAUGUUUGUGGUGUUGAACAAGAUGAAAUAGGUAAUGUUAGUGGUGUUGAACAAGAUGGAGUCGGUAAUGUUGAUGGUGUUGAACAAGUUGAAAUAUGUAAUGUUGUUGUUGUUGAAAAAGUUGAAGGUAUUGAUGUUGUUGGUGUUGAGCAAGUUGAAGUACGUGAUGAAAAUGAGGAUAGUGAGGAUAAUGACUUUGAAGCUGGUGGCUUAUCAUUUGAUAAUAGUGAGGAUGAGAGGGCUAUUGGGUUGGAUGAUUGCUUUGAUGUUAUUGAAAAUGAAGUUGAAGAAAAAAGCAAAAGAGGUAGGAUAAAAGUUGCAGCAAAGAAGCAUAAACAUAAUCCAAAGAAAGUUUAUGGAGAUUAA